AUGGCCUCAAAGCGCCAGGAGCGCUUGGACUUCGAGGCCAACGACUACUACGCCUACCUCAACCUCGAUGUGCGGGCGAAUGACGCGGAGGUCAAACGACACUUCCGACAGUUGGCCCUACAGUGGCAUCCGGACAAGCACCAGGAAGGUGCGGCGAGGACCCGCGCCACAGAUAUUUUCCAACAGAUCAACAAGGCCCAUGAGGUGCUGUCCGACAGAGAGCUCCGAUCUCGAUACGAUGCCGUAUGGUAUCAAAAGCAUCAAGGGCGCCGUCGGGCGGUGCCCGAGUGGGCCCGGAAGGUGGCGGCUGGCCGCAGUGGAAGCGUCGAGGUCCGUACCGACUCUGGCAGUACGGAAGGAUUUUGGCCUCAAGGCCUUCGAGCAGGCACCGUGGAUCGUGGCGGCGUAGCUUACCCGCAGAGGCCUGCCAGCUUCAGCGAUGGAUCUCGCUUCUGGGAGGGGCCACGUCCUGCUGCCUCGUGCGCACGGCCGGGGCCAGGCACAGAAAGGCCGCCGCAGUCCGCCAAAAGGUUUCCACCCUCGUCUGCCCAGCCGCCCCGGGCGGACGACUCCGACAGCAAGGAAGGCUCAAAGAAGCCUCCACAACCGGAAGAACGGAAAGCCAGGCAGCUGGACCCAGACGAGGGACCUGCCGAGCCACGGCCAAAGGAAAAGGACCCGGAGCUGCAGAAGCGAGAGAAGGAGCGUAUGGCGGCGCAGGCAGCCUGGUUGCGGCGGGCGCGAACGGAGGACCGUGCUUCGGACACCGCCUCGCAGGCCGGCGGAUCGCAGGCGGAUCCCAUUCCUUUAAAUCCUGCCUCCCCGGUGACCAGUGUGCCGGUGGCACCCAAGGUUUGGGGAGUUGCUUUGGACACCUACGAUGGAUGGCUCGGAUAUGGGCAACAUGAAUGGUGGGCGUUCAAGUGCCCAUACAAGACUCGGGCCAUACUUAGCAAGAGCCGCUUCAAUCUCAUCCGUCAACGUGCCACGCAGCAGCACGUGGAUUACUUGAGGCAGCUGGAUCCGCCGCGCCCGCAGCGGACUGCCGAGAUCGAGCCACAACUUCGUAGCAGAGUAGGUGAUCUUCGGACGACUUUCAAUCACCCGGAGAUCAUGCAUCAGCCGACGGAGACGGCUCUACGCUCUCUGGAGCCUCGGAAGAGUCUUCACUACGAGGGGAGGAUCCGCGAGGUGCAGCUGGAGCCAUUUGGCGUGAUCGAGGUUCAUCAUGAAGACAUCUUUGCGUUCAACGCCUCUCUGCUGAAAGGGCCGUCGGAGGGCAAGGGCAGCGUGGCUCGGGCAUUGGUGCUUCCCAUGGCUUCAAACCUCCUUCCAUAUCGCGGUCUCGCUUUGGAGGCUUUCGAUCGCGGUGGACCCGAGUUGGUCAAAGAUACCUUCCACGAAGCACAAGCGCGGCACUCCCUCGAGAAGAAGCUUCGACAAGUGGGUGGGGAGGAGGUUGCCCAGCAUGAGAUCCAUCUCGAAGUGGGUGCUGCCGUCGAAGUGCCUCUUCAUCAUUUGGCUCCGGCUGAAUUGAGGCAGUCACUGCAAAGCUCGAAGGAAGCUGAGUACAACAAGAUCCUUUUCUCCAUCAUGCCAUGGUUCUGGGAGGGCAGCCCUAUGGAUGCAGGGAAGCGGCUGCGCUUCUGUGCCCGCGAGGCAUUCGCCCAUGCUGCCAGACACUGCAAGAGGGUCUGCGACUCUGUGGAAAGAUCCAGCGGCAUCUACGCACAAGGAUGUGUGGUCAUGCCGAGCCUUGCAACUGGCAUAUUCGGCUACCAACCUCAAGACAGCUGCCGUGCUCUGGUGGAGGAGGCUUUCGAGGUCCUCUUGCAACUGGAAGCAUCGGAGCCGAACUACAGUUUACAUCGGAUCUGCUUCGUUGAAGCCAACCGCGACGUCGCCGAUUCUUUCUCAACAGCGCUGACAGAGGUAUCAAGGCGAUGGUUACCAGCUCACAAAGUGACGACUGCACCGCAGUGGUGGGGCAAGCAGACACGGCGACUGGUGGUGCUCCCGGCUGUCCCGAACUUCUUCUGGCGGAAGUUCAAGAUCAAGUUCAAGCGCAGACACGGCGUCAAGAAGCGCGAGCGGGUGAACUACAUCGGCAAUAUCAAGCCAUUCCUGUGGCGCGCGGCGCGAGUCCGCCAGCCUCCACCACUGCUCGUACAUCAAGAGGACGGCGGCAUUGCAGAGGAUCAGCUCAAAGCACGGCCCUACUUCUUCCGUGGUGUCUCACACUGGCUCUUUCCAAGCCGCCGCGGUGGCUUCCACAGCAUGAAGCGCACUUCACGGGGUCAGUGGGUCGGGGUCCUCCGAAACUACCAGCUGCAUGAGGCCAUUCGGCCGAAGCAGUAG